CAUUUUUAUUCAAAUAAAAAGUUAAAUUUUUCAUUAAAUGGAUGACAUUUUUCAUGUCUAUUUAAAAAAAACAUGGACGAGAUUUAUUAGCAUGCAUUGCAGCACUCCUCAAUAUAAAUGGUUUUUAUCGAUAAUGCAGUAUUAAAAUAAGAAGAAGAAAAACACAAUAUAUACCUAUAAAAUAAAAUUAAAAAUACUAGAAAUACUUUGUUUCUUGAAUAGUCGUAUUUAUAACGAUGAUAUUAAAUUAUUUGCGGAUUUUCGGGCAUUCAAUACAUCAAAAUGCUUUAACGGUGUGUUCAACGAGGAAAUUAUUUACAAAAGAGUUUUUAAGGGUAACUGAAUUUGAAUCACAGCGAUUGAAAACCCGGAAAUUCGUUCAACCGGAUACAGUGGUGGAAACCAUUGAAUUCCAACUAAGGGCCAAAAAUAGGGAAGAGCUAAUUAAAAGUUUUAAACCAUGGAUUCAUGUGAUAGAUAGGUCACAAUGCAAGGAACACUUUUCCUUGCUGAUGAAGUGCUUACUAUUCCUUCGUGAUAAUCCGCAUCCUGAUCCACCUAAAAAUUUUAACUUUGGACCAGUUGUAAUGCGAAUGUUUCAUUCGCUAAAUAUGUCGCAAGAAGCAAUAAACAUCGCUCACAAUUUUGAAACUGCGGACUUAUUUGAUGACGCUACUUCUCCAAUAAUUUUAUGCGAUUUACUCUUCAACAAUGGCAUGUACAACGAAGUGCUACGAGUAGUUCAGAGAAACGAGGCAAUGAACGAAAAGAGAGACAUGAAGACAACACGUCUUUUAAACUGCAUCACGUUUGCCACAUGCUAUAAAUUGAAUACACAAGACCAUUUUUCGUUCGCUUUGGAGAUAUGGAACAAAUCAGUUAAGGAAAAUCAACACUCGCAAGCUAUUAAUUUCUUGUGUAUGAACGCAGUUAACCCUUAA